GUGGCUGCUCCAAUACCCCAGUCGAGCAGCAUGGUGAUCAGGCAACAGCUACAGCGCUGCUCCCUAAGUGCAUGGGAAAGGGUAUGGGAUGCGGGAGCCCCCAGACACUGCCCUAUACCACAGGCACCAUCACAGCCCAGAACUUCUCCUGCUGGAAGAAAUGCAACUCCCUCAACUCUUUCCACUGCUCCUGGUCACCCCUUGGCCCUGCUGGCAACACCUCCUACUCCCUGAAUCUCUGCUGGCAGCACAAAGGGUGUAGCCAGUUUGAUGCACACAAGAUGACAAACUACAAACUGCCACAUCACAAGCUGUACAUCUUAAACAACGCUGUGGCCUGGGUGGAGGCAAGCUGGGAAGGCCACGUCCACAGGACCCCCAAUAUCACAUUUGUCUUCAACGAGGUCGAAAAGCCAGAUCCACCUCCUUCACGGGUGCCCUUCUCCAAGACUGACGGCCAGCUGAGGCUGCGGGUGCCACGGCCACAGUGCCCUCGCAUGGACCAGCCAGCAGAGCGGGAGGCUCGAUCCUGGAGGGCAGGAGACAGCGGCUGGACACAAUUUUCUCUACAGGUGGAAUGUAUGACCGUGAUGGUGAAAGAUGAAGAUGACUCAGUGAACUGUACCCUGAAGGGGAAUGGCACCUUUGUGGUCCAGCUACGGCAAAAGACCUGGAGCAGCUACUGGAGCGACUGGAGCAGCAACAUCUCUGUUCCCGAGGAAAUCCUGGAGAGCCCAGUGCUGAGCCACCAACUGGAAAAACUAGGCAGAGAUGGGCAGCGGGUGCUGAGGCUGAGCUGGCAGCCAGUCCUCAAGGGACAAAGGGAUGUCAACUACACACUGCACGCCCACAUGCCAGCGUGUGGCUGUGCUGAGCUGGACGAGGAGGAUGUUGUGGUGCUGGGGUGGGAGGUGAGGGAGCACAACCUCACCCUGUCUGGAGCUGAAUACGAAAUCCUGCUGAGGGCCGUCAACGCCGCUGGGCCAGGGCCGGCGUCACAGCUCCAUGUGCCGGCAGAGCAGCAUAGAGAUCUCAGCUUCAAGGAUGUCAGCGUGGCCGGUAGCACCGUGACGGCACAAUGGGAAGCACCAAUCCCGGGAGAGGCCUAUUGCUUCGAGCAGCAGGUCCUGGCAGAAGCCCCCCAACAGGGUGUCUGCAUCCAAGAGGAAUUCCCUGCCAAGAGCAUCCACGUGGAAAAAGGAGCACUGGGAGCGCCGGCGUGUCACCGCCUUGCUGUGCACGGCUGGGACCCGGAGCGGGGCUGGGCCACCUUCGCCCUGUGGCACCACUAUGCCAACAAUGGCUCGCUGGCCGUGCCCAUUGACAUCAGCAGCGGAGAUGCCGGCGUCGUCCUCCAGUGGAAACCGUCCCCCCACGCCGCCUGUCCUGGGGUGCUGGCCAAGUACCUCAUCUGCCACAUGGCCGAGAGGGACAAUGUGACCUACAGUGAAGCUGAUGCCACAGCAGUGAACUACACCCUCGAAAACCUCCAGCCCGGCACAGCCUACAGGGUGGGUGUUUGGGAAGUGACAAAGGACAGCGAGGGGACCUGCAGUGCUUGGAAGAAAUUCCAGACCAAGGCAUUAGGUCCUCAGGGAGCAGUGUGGAGAGCCAACCUGAAGUACCUGGGCAUCUCGCUCAGUGUCCCCGUCAUGGCUGCCAUCUACCACUUGACCAAAAAGAGGGCUCGCCACCUCCUCUUCCCACCUCUUCCCAAGCCCGUGGGCACCAAUGCCAUCCAGUUCUCUGCCAGCGAGAAGGGCCAGGGCCAGACCUGGAUACGCCUCCUGGAGCCCUCGGAGAGGUUCAACCCAGCUGAGCUGCUGCUGACGGAGCUGAAUCCCAGCAAGGAGACAACUGACACCACCACACAGACUGAUGUGCCACGUCCCAGCAUGCCACAGCCCAAUGUGUCACAGCCCAGCGUGCCACAGUCCAGUGUGCCACAGCCCAACGUGCCACAGCCGAGUCCUGUGACGGAAAAACCAGAGGAGGUGCUGGUGGUGUGUCCGCCAGGCUGUGAGGAGGAGAUGACCUUUGCCUACCGCAGGCAGGAAAUGCUGAGCCCAGUGGGAUUUCCACCGCCUGGCAGCACUAGUUGCACUGGGCACCCACUCGGCGAGGAGGAGGAGGAGGAAGAGGAGGGAAGGCAGGGGCUAUGCCAGCCGCUGAUCCCCAUUGCCCUGCUCAUCUCCAACAAAUCCAUCGUCAUCAGGGACCAGGAAGGAUGGAAUCCAUCGCCGGAGAAGUCGGUGCCAUAGCCAUCACCAGGCUGGAGCAGCAGGGAUGGACGGCAGGAACACGGUUGUCCAAUAGGGUGCUGAGUGUGUGGGAUGCUGGGUGCCCACCCCAUGGGAUCAUGGUCAAGCCAGCACUUUCAGGGGGGUUUCUGGUUUCCGGGACAAGGAAGGCGAUGUCUCUGGAUUCUGUGUUGCACCAUGUCAGGUUUUAGCCACACACUUCCCAGCCUCAAUUUUUCACCAGGAAUAAAAACCAAGGGAUGGUGGCUCCAGAGUCUGUCCAGGGCUGAGGGUAUUUCCUUGGCUGGAUCAGGAGGAGAGGCAGAACUUCAUCCCUGCCAGCUUCCACUGCUGGGACCAGCAUCCCCUCCAUGG